AUGGGCCCGCAGCUUCUGUGCCUGCCAGUAAUGCUGCUCCUGCUGUCGCUGCUGCCGGACCUCGGGCCCGGACCUGGGGCGGGUGAGGCCUCCAGGAAGUCUCAUGUGCACCGGCGUGGGCUCCUCGAGCUGGCAGGAACCCUGGAGUGUGCCAGCACCCUCUCUGCCCUGGCCUACAUAAGCUAUGGUUGCCACUGUGGCCUAGGUGGCCAAGGCCGGCCCCGGGACACCACAGACUGGUGCUGCCAUCGCCAUGACUGCUGCUAUGGACUCGCUGAGGAGGCCGGCUGUAGGCCCAAGCUGGACCGCUACUCCUGGAAGUGCACUGAUAAUCGCGUGGUGUGCGGACCAGCAGAGGACAAAUGCCAAGAACUCCUAUGCAAGUGUGACCAGGAGGCUGCUCACUGCUUAGCCCGAGCUGAGUACAACAUACAGCACCUCUUCUACCCCUAUUUCUUAUGUGAGAAAGACUCACCCAAGUGUGACUACUAGGCUGACUUGAAAUGAUUUUUUGCACAA